AUUGCAAUCCCUAAUCGGAUACCAGGAAGUUCAGGUGCAUUUUUAAGUUAAUAAGAUGUGAAACAAGCAUAAUAUCUAUAUACUUAGGCUAUAUACAUAUGUAAUUAUGUAGGUACAUACACUACAUACUCUUAAUACAAACAAAUGUGGAAACGGACGUGUAAAUUGCGGUUAAUAUGGUACUAUACAAGGUGCUCGUGAGCAUUGCGAGACAUUGUAACUAAUCAUUCCUGGUAAUAUUUAGAAACUAAAAUGUCGUAUAAAAUUUUCUGGAUUAGGCCUAGUUUCAGAGAUAAUUUAAUGUUUUUCGAAAUCGUUCUUUCGCCAUAAGUCGGUACAAAAUACAUUUAUGACUGCGGUAUUGCCACUUUGAGGUCUAGUCUGGACAUACCUAUUGAUUGACAUCGAAAAAUUAAAAAAAUGUAUUUGAGAGGCUACCCCCAAAUAAAAAAACUUUUUAGUUAAUUUUAGGGUGUACAGGAGUGUUCAAAAAAGGGAAAAAAAUAUCAAAGAAAAAAAUUUUUUUUGUCGAAUUUCACGAAAAGUCAUAUAACAUUUUUUGCUUCUGUUGCCAUCAGGAAUGCACCAUUAAAAUCUCUCGCAAUGCUCACGGGCACCUUGUAUAACCACUAUUGAUCUACUCCGAUCCGACACCGGCCCAGGAAGGCGAGGGUUCCCUGGCCAAUGGCGAUGCAUCCAUGCAAAUGUGCAAUAUCCGCAUCCGCCCGGACUCGCUGCAACUGCAGACCGCAAACACGGAUUCACGGACAUAUGGACAGGCACCGAUGUAGGUAUGUAUUGGAUUGGUAAUAUCGGCAUAGAGACGAAGGUACAUUGCAUAAUUACAUAUUGUAAAUAUAUCUCGCUUUCUAUGUGUAGGUACUGUUGCACAUCUAGUCUAGUCUAGGCCCAAGAAAAUAAGGAAAUUACUCGCUCAUUGUAGUCAAUCGCUACUUGCUUCUCACAAUUCGUCGGCGGUAGGACAGUAGCGAUGUCAUGUUUGUGUAGGUUUACUUUUUAAUUCUUACUUGCCGGGACUAACUGGGGUGCUGUAUCUAUUUAUUAUCGCACAAUUACACAAAUGAAAAACUAAUUUAUUCUAAUAAACUUUUUGAGUACCGCGCCAUCUCUGGUUAUCAUUUAAAACUACUUCCAUGACAUCAAAGCUGUCAAGGUGACACUAGCUGUCGUGUGAUUGAAUGAAGUCCCUAUUGAUAUCGAGUCCCUAGAUGGCGCUCAAGAAAAUCAGUUUAAUUUUAUUUAUUAUGAUUCACUAAAUUAUAUUAUAAAGAAUAAUGUCAACAAUGUAUUUUUGUACGUACUUGUGUAUUAGAAUGAUAGAAAAAAACAGAAUUCAUAAAUUUCUGGUUACGAAAAUCGAUUCUUCAGUUGUCAAACAAACAGCUAACUGUCAAUGAUUUGCGAAAUGUCAAAGUUGACAAAACAAACUCAGCAUUAAAUCGAACCGUCGAUCGUGUGCUUUUGAGAAGUUUUGCGAACAGUAAAUUACAUUUAUAAGCUAAAAUCUGUUAUAAUUAGUCAAUAACAAGUGAAAUAGUGUGCUGAUGAAGUGAUAUUGUGUAGUUGUAGAGUUUUAAGUCAGCUGGCGCGCUGGACGACCCGGAGCGUGAGGGGCCCGCGGAGGCGGAACAGGAGGCCUGGAGACACAUGCGUGCCAUGGACGUCGACAGGCAAAUGGCAGCCGAGGAGAGCAGCGCAGUGGAAGGGGACGGGGACAGGGGCCGCUACAGCCUGAUGGUCCGCUGCGCGUCGCAGUCAUCGCUGGAUGAAUGUUCUCAGCGCGCAGAAGCGGCGGGCGGCGCACGCGCUGCGCAUGCUACGCGUUUAUUGGACGCUCUCGCGCGCCUGCGUAGUGAUGACGCGCUUUGCGAUGUUCGGUUGAGGGCUUGCGCGGAAGGUGGCGCGGGGGACGCCGAGGACGAAGGCGUGGGCGCGCACCGCGCAGUGCUCGCCGCCAGCUCGCCCUACUUCCGAGCCAUGUUCACACAGUUCGACGAGAGGACGAUGCCCACUAUCACCAUCCAGAAUGUGGAACCGGAAGCUUUGCAAGCCAUCGUUGAUUACGUGUACAACCCUGAUUCCUUGAUCAUCAACGAGGACAACGUUCAGAGCAUUCUCUCAGCAGCCUCUCUCCUCCAAGUGCUCGGCGCUCGCGCAGCCUGCUGCUCGUUCCUAGCUGCGGCACUGGCCCCAGAUAAUGCCCUGGGCAUCCGCGCCUUCGCCGAGCUCCAUGCUUGCUCGGAACUGGCUCAAGCUGCUGACAGAUUCCUGGACCGACACUUCCUCCAGGUUCUCGAACAAGACGAGUUUCUCGGUCUCUCAGCAGAAACACUCGCCCGCCUAUUAGACAGUGACCGUAUUGCGGCGCCUGAUGAAGAAGUCAUCCUGGAUGCUGUGUUACGGUGGAUGAGACAUGAACCUGAAACGAGGCGCGCACACCUGGGCACUUUACUAGCGCACGUGCGCUUACCCUUACUGCCGCAGGACGUGCUGGUGGCGCGCGCCGCCGCCGAGCCGCUCGCGUCCGCCGGCGUGCAGGUGAAGGACCUGGUGAUCGAGGCGCUGUCGUUCCACCUGAUGCGGCCGGAGCGGCGCGCGGCGGCGGCGGCGGCGUGCGCGCGCGCCCGGCCGCGCCGCCCGCCCCGCGCGCCGCGCGCGCUGCUCGUCGUGGGCGGCCAGGCGCCCAAGGCGGUCCGGGAGGUGGAGGCGUUCCACCUGGAGUGCGGGCGCUGGCGCGCGUGCGCGGCGCUGCCCUCGCGCCGCUGCCGCGCCGGGCUCGCCGUGCUCGACCACCAGGUGCUCGCCGUCGGCGGCUUCAACGGUACUCUCCGCGUGCGCAGCGUGGACGUGUACUGCCCGGCGACGGACGCGUGGAGCGCGGGCCCGGCGCUGUGCUGCCGCCGCUCCACGCUGGGCGUGUGCGUCGUGGACCGGACGGUCUACGCGGUCGGCGGGUUCGACGGCACAUCCGGCCUCAGCUCAGCAGAAGUCCUAAAGCCCGGCGCGGCCGAGUGGCGGCCGAUAGCCAGCAUGAGCACCCGGCGGUCCUCGGUCGGGGUCGGCGUGCUGGCCGGCCAGGUGUACGCCGUCGGGGGCUACGACGGCGCCGCCAGGCAAUGUCUGCACUCGGUGGAGAGAUACGACCCAGCGACGGACACUUGGGAGCCGAUCGCGGACAUGUCGGCGCGGCGCUCCGGCGCCGGCGUCGGCGUCGUCAACGGCGCGCUGUACGCCGUCGGCGGACACGACGGGCCCGCCGUGCGCCGCUCCGUCGAGCGCUGGAGCGAGACGGCAGGGACGUGGUCGGCCGUGGCGCCGAUGGCGCACGCGCGGCGCAACGCCGGCGUCGUGGCGCACGAGGGCCGCCUGUACGUGGUCGGCGGCGACGACGGCGCCGCCAACUUGGCUUCCGUCGAAGUGUACGAUCCCGCCACCGACAGUUGGAGUUUGCUGCCGGCGCCGAUGGCGCUGGGCAGGAGCUACGCGGGCGUGUGCGUGGUGGAGCGCGCCUGACCCGCGCCCGCGCCCGCUCCCGCCGCCGCCUCCGCCACCGCCACCGCUCCCGCCACGCGCGUUCAGCCUACUUAUGCCAACGUGGUGGUGAGCGGCGCGGUGGGGGCUGCGGGGGGCGCGGGGAGCGCGGGGGGCGCGGGGAGUCAGGGGGGCGCGGGGACGGCGAGGUGGCGGCCGCUAUACGUGCAGCGGCUACACAGGGCCGAGG